AUAGACCCGAACAAAGCGGAAGUAGUGAAAGAUAACCUCGCUCAUUUUUCUAGCUUCGCCGACGCAAUUUGAGGCAGCUUUUGUGUGUCAAACUCACCCAUUGUCGUCGCAGCGACGCCGAAACAUGGACAGAUAGUGUUUGUUUUAUUGGAUUUACGGAGGUGGUCAUUGUAAAAGGUAAUCUAUCCCAUUUGUGCCCAUCUUGGACAGUCACACAGGACUCUGACACACAACGGCACAGACACACAACAGCUUUGCCCCCCUUAAAAACUCCUGAGUCCCUCCAGCUUUCCUGUGGCCACCAGCAUGGCUAACAGCACCGCAACAGCAGUGAAGGUUGGGACCCCUGGCCCUGCUGGCAGAAGUAGUCCAGAGGGAUCUCAGGUGCUCAGUAAGAAGAAGCUGCAGGACCUGGUGAGAGAGAUCGAUCCGAAUGAGCAGCUGGAUGAGGAUGUUGAAGAGAUGCUGCUACAAAUUGCAGAUGACUUUAUAGAGAGUGUAGUGACAGCAGCCUGUCAACUGGCUCGCCAUCGCAAGUCCAACACCUUGGAGGUGAAGGAUGUUCAAUUACAUCUUGAGCGCCAGUGGAACAUGUGGAUCCCUGGGUAUGGGUCAGAUGAGAUCCGGCCGUUUAAGAAGGCCUGCACCACAGAGGCUCACAAACAGAGAAUGGCGCUGAUCCGCAAGACAACCAAAAAGUAGCAAGACUGUACCAACAUGUUCCCACUCUGUGUAUUGUCUGUUCUGUUUUUUGUUUUUUGUUUUUUUCAUUUGAGAUUUUUGGGACUAAUGAGGCAAAAAGAGAUGGUUUAGAUGUUUUGUUUUUUCAUUAGACAUUAGUGUUUCAUUGUCAUGUCUCCCUAACUUUUGAGGGUUUUGCCAGCACUCACACAAUAUUGUAAUUCUUGUCUCUGGUUCUGUUUUGUUGCCAUUAAGCUAAGCCUGGCAAAACUCUGUUCAGUGAAUUUUUGUCAAUAAACAUUUACUGGAAUACUUA